AUGGUUGAAAAUGAUUCCGAUUAUGAGAUGAUUCCAAACCCAAACCCGAAAAAACCUGGAAGAGCGAAGCAAACAGCUGGAGAUACUGACGAGCUAUUCAAUUACUAUGAUAAACCUGAAUGGGAUGAAGAGAACGUAAGUGACAACUUAAUCGGAGAUUGUGAUGAAGACAUUGAAAAUCCACCCUAUGAAGGAGAUAGCAGCCUUAAACAGUGCAUGGAAGACGAUGAAUCUGAGGUUGAUGGCAAAGAAGAUGACAAUGCCGAUGAAAUCAAAGCCUCAGAGAUUGUUUCAGGUGAUUCAUUUUCAAGAGCAAUUCACAAGGUCGGUUUUCCUAAACAAUGA